AUGGAAUCAAAGCCAAUAUCCGAUAGUAAGAAUACCAAUCUUCACGAAUUGAUUGAUCGUCAUGCUGAUUAUGCUUUGUAUUACUAUAAACACGAUUCUAGUGAAACAACAGCAAAUAAUGAGUUCAUCAGUGAAAUUGCUUGGAUUAUUUGCGUUAGUUUUUCACGUAUUCCUCUUUAUAAAGCACUAGGUUUCGAUACGGCAGAAUUUCACCCGCUCAUGAAAAAAUUCGUUUACAAAUCAAUUGAUACUGAGACGCCACUCCUAUAUUACAUUCGUUAUGAACCAACUGAUGAAAAUCAAAGACAGUUAUCACCUGACGAUCCAAAGUACAAAUAUAUGAACAAAGUAGUUGCUGUCAAUCUACGAAGAGAUCAUUUUGAUAUCAAUGGACCAAUGCCACCUAUAGAAAACAAAGUAUUGAAGACAAUUAUCAAAUUACUCGAUGGGGCGCAUAGCAUUUAUGACAAAAAUCAAAUUUUAUACUUAUCGACUGGCGGUGUGUUAGUUGAAUUUCAUAAUCAAGGUUUAUAUUCAUGGUUUCGUCCGUUAGUUAUGCAACAUAUUCAAUCUCGAUGUCAUUUCAAACGUUCGUAUGGAAUAAGUUUAUCAGCAGCUUCAACGCAUGUUUUGAAAAAAGAUAAUUACACAUGUAUUGGCAAAAUCAAUGUUAAAACAUGCGAAUUAUUGGAUCAAGGUGAUUUAGAUUUAUUAAAACAUAUGAUCGAUGAAAUUGAUGAAAUAUCUGUUCUGGAAAAAAUACACGCGGAUAGUUGUGACUCAUGA